AUGAUAUCCGUGGCGGCCCGUUCAGUGCUGACGGCGAGCUGCAGUCGCAGCAUCUACGCAAAGCCAGCUGCUGGUGGCCUACUCGGCGCCAUUGCUCGACGAUUCAAGACGGAUGGCGUUAAGGGAGCUGUGAUUGGCAUCGAUCUCGGUACGACGAACUCGUGCGUCGCUGUGAUGGAAGGGAAACAGGCCAGGGCAAGCAAUUUGCAGGUAAUCGAAAAUUCCGAAGGUGUACGGACAACGCCAUCGGUUGUGGCGUUCACGAAGGAUGGCGAAAGAUUGGUUGGUGCGCCUGCGAAACGACAGGCUGUAACAAACUCGCAGAAUACACUGUACGCAACCAAACGAUUGAUUGGACGACGAUUCGAUGAUCCGGAAGUGCAGAAGGAUGUGUAA